GCUUUUGUUUGUCUACGUUGCCGACAUUGGAGAGCGUGAUUGCAGUUUGUGGCGUGGUUACUUCAACUUUUGAUUUUUUCGUCAAAUUCAAGGAAAACUUCUUUCACUGACCGAGUCUCAAUCAGACUGAAUGCUGGCCUAGCCACAUCCAACAUGGCGGACGUGGAUAUCGACCUAUACGGAGACGUCGAGCAAGUCUUCUCACAGGAAGAUUUUGCUGAAGGUGACUUGUAUGACGCCGUUUUGACGAGCGGCAACAGUGACCGACCAGCAGAAAAACGAGGUGCUAGCGGCUCACCGAGUUCAACUCCAAAAGCAUCCGAGUCUCGCAAUGGAUCGCUUGGACCUUCAGGCCCUAAGAGAGGCAGUGGCAGUCAGUCCUCAAAAGGACGGCCAUCCUCAUCUGAAGAGCGUCCAACUUAUCAAUCAAGCCGGGGUGAUGCGGGCAGACGCUUCCAGCUCUAUGUUGGCAACCUGUCAUGGUGGACAACUGACGAGGACGUGGCCAGUGCCAUCAAAUCACUGGGUGUGAAUGACCUCGUCGAGAUCAAGUUCUUUGAGAACCGCAGCAAUGGUCAGAGCAAAGGGUUUUGUGGCGUCACUGUUGGCUCCGAGACCAGCAGCCGCAUCCUCAUGGAUAAGCUCGGCCGCAAGGAGCUCAAUGGCAUGUUGCCCAUGGUUGCUUAUCCCACCAAGCAAGCCCUUGCUCAGUUUGAGUCUCAGUGCAAGACUCGCGCAAGUCCCCAGCAGGGGCAGCAGCCGCCCCCACCAGGUCCUCCUCCAAGGAUGGGCCCUAAUGGCCCACCUGGUCAAGGCCCUAAUGGACCUCCUGGCCCAAAUGGGCACGGCGGGCCCCGAAUGCCUCCGCACAUGGGACGUCCCAUGCCUCAUCCAGGCAUGGAUGGAAGGCCUAAUGGCCCUCCUGGCCCACCUCAUGGCCAUCCUCAUGGACCACAUGGACCUCAGGGUCCGCCUCAUGGUCCUCCUCACGGUCCACCUCAUAACCAGCAACAUGGCCCCCCUCAUGGGCCACCCCAUGGCCCUCCUCAAGGCCACCCACAUGGACCACCACAGGGUCAUCCGCACGGGCCUCCUCAAGGCCAUCCACAUGGGCCGCCCCAAGGCCAUCCACACGGUCCUCAGGGCCACCAACAUGGCCCUCCUCAGGGCCACCCUCAUGGGAUGCCUCAUGGGUCCCCAGGCCCUCAUGGCCCUCCUGGCAACCAUCAUCCUGGCAUGGGUGGACCACCACGCAACAUGCCGCCCCAGCCCAUGCCUGACUCAUUCCCCCCAGGCCAACUUCGAGAUGGUCUUCCUCCUCCAGGACACCGAAACCCAUUACCUCAGCAACAAGGCGGCCCUCCACGGGGCCCACCUCCCAACAUGGGACCUCCCCCACACUCCCAUCCCGCCGUGCGUCACCCACCGCCACCCUCGGCGAUGGACCAGCGAGGUCCGCCUCCUCGCCCAGGAUAUGGUAUCCAAGCAGUGGUGACAGGCCCCACUGGCGUGCUAGUCUCGCAGCACUUAGCUGAGCUCCCCGCCCUGCAUCUCUUUACUGCUGGGGCUGCAGGUACCUUUUGUGUGACACUAGAUGUGUAUAAGAGACAGGUUGCUGACGCCUCUUCAGGCGAGUACGCGAGCGCCAUCGAGACGUUGGUGACGGCCAUCUCACUCAUACGCCAGUCCAAAGUGGCGCAGGAUGACAGGUGCAAGAUCCUUGUCAGCUCGCUCCAGGACACUCUUCGUGGCAUCGAGGCUAAGAGUUAUGGUGGUGGCAGCAGCAGCAGCAGCAAACGUCGCUCGCGCUCGCCCCGGCGGCGACACCGUUCACGGUCUCCUCGUGAACGCGACUACCGUUCGCGGAGCCACUCGCGCGACCGAGAGUACGAGAGCAGCCGCCACAGAGAGCGCGAGCCCCGAGAUCGCGACUACGACAGUCAUCGCUCGUACAGCAGGGAGCGCGAGUACGACAGGCACCGGGACAGGGACAGAGACCGCGAACGAGAGCGCGACAGGGACAGAGAGAGGUAUUACGAAGAGCGCUACCGUAGCGAGCGCAGUGCUCGCUCCGAGCGGUCUUUGGAAGAACGCCCCGCCUCGAGCCGUGAGCGUCCCCCUCCAGAAGAAGUGCGGCCCAGAGAAGACCCACGCGAGAGGGACCGAGAUCGUGAGCGGGAACGAGAGAGGGAGCGCGAGCGGGACAGAGAAAGGGAGAGAGACGUACGCACUCGAGAGGAAAGAGAAGCCUCUUCACAUCGCUCUUCACGGCACUGAAAGGGGACGCAAUCUGCUUUUCUUGUCAGCUUUUCUAUAUUUUUGUGUGUCUACGUCCACCUUCAUUAGAUGACGUUUUACUUGUGUUGUUGUAUGAAUUAUCAUUUUUUAUAGUAAUUUUUUGUAGCUUCCAUGUUGGCGUGAAUGCGUUGUGAUGUCAAAAUGUGCUAAUAAGAAAAUGAGAGCAGCAAAAUUAAGUUCCAUGGUCUAAUCAUCAAAAGUGAUAAUUUUGUACGUAUUACAGACAUGUCAAGUCGUCCCAAACAAACAAGUUGAAUUUAGACUUUACUAUUUUCUAGAGAUAAAUUGUCAACAUAUUAGGUACAAUAGUUACAAAAUAGUGCGCACUUAUGCCGAUUGUAAAUUUAUUGCCCUGUAAUUUUUUUUAUUAGCAGAGUGUGAACUUCCAUCUUUGCUGUCAAUAUAACCUAAUCUCUCAUAUUAGAAAUUAUUAUUACAUUAUUAGAAAUUCAUCCCUGAUUGAUACUCCAGGGAAAUUCGAGGCUUCAAGACAAAUGCCCGACGUGGUUGCGAUAUUAGAGGUAUACUAAUGAGAAUAACUCGUUCAGCUAUUAACUGCAAAUCAAGCUAUUUUAUAUGCGAGUAUAAGCAUAACAAUUGUUCUGCACUGAACGGCAACACAACAGUAGUGUAUUAAAUGACGUAUUAUAAUCUCUGCAUUGGUUUUCAUUUCAUAAUUGUCCAAUGUCCACAUUAUUCUUCCUGGACCUUAGGUCAUAAAGUAACCUGUUUCUGUAAGGAAAAAUCAACCUCACUUGGAGGCUAUUGACUAUAACUCCACCAUUAGCUGGAAGGCAUUUUUCAGGUGCUCAUCAGUCAGCUCUUCUUAGUAGAAAUCUGUCUUGUCAAAUAAGCUGUAAGUAUUGAAUUCGUAUAUAUUUAUAGCUUGGUCUGCUGUAGGGCGGUUUCGGAAAUGGCCCAUAAAUUCAGUUGCCUGGCAUCCUUUGUGCUUUUAGGAUUGUAAUUUACCAUACGUCGAAUACAAAUUUCAUGAACAAGCUCACAUGUACCCAUGUUUUCAUGUAAAAUGGACAGAAGUUUUGAGGUACUGCAGCUAACACAUGAACGUAAGUUGUUCGAUUAAUGAAAAGUGACGAAAUUCGCCUUGUAUCGUACCGCUGAAAGAGUCCACAGAAUGACUCGCGAAAUUGUUCAUUCAAUUACUUCUAGGUCAUGUAAAUACUCGAAUAUUUCUAGUAAAUCUUUAUGGUAA